UCCGCAUGACUCUGAUACUGAUACUGCUGUUUCUGAAAAACAUUUGCGUGUUUCUGAACAAGCUAGUGUUGCGGUGCUAUAACUCGUUCCUAAUACACCCGACCCACGGGCAUCAGGACGGUGGCAAGUACGGUGGUUACGGUGGGGGAGGCGGUGGUGGUGGCGGCCACAGUGGCUUCGGUACAGGGCUGGGAGUGCGUCCGCGCCGUACACGACGCAACCGGGCGGAACUGAUGCACAACCGGGACGGUGGAGCGUACGGUGACAGCAGUAGAACGCAGUACUACAACCACUACUGACUACCCGGUUAACCAUCGGUAGAAUGCAUGAGUGCUAGACCACCGUCACCGCGUUCGCUCAGGGCCAGGGGUCGCGCCACCGCGUCACGGGCCAUCUCCGGCGCGGGAAGAACGACGACGACGACGACGACGACUAAUACGGGUGUGGUGCCGGCGGGUGUGGUGGGAACUGUCGGGACGAGUGACGAGGACGAGCUGAUGACGAUCAACGAGAACCGGAAUGUCGGUAGUGGCCUUGGGCCCACCAACGAACCGAACGCUUCCAACUCCUCCCUUUCUUCGAAUUCUUCGUCUUCCUCUGAGGCGGGUUCGGUACAUUCGGACAGCGAGCAGCAUUCGGUGCUGCUGUUGGAAGACGGUUCGGGCACCUCCGGACGUCAUCCGAUGGACGCUAGCACCUGCAAUGCCUGCUCACUUGCCCUAGACAACAACAACGCAUUUCAGGUAGAACACGAGCGGCCCCUUGUGAACGGUUGCGAAGACAUGUGGAGUUGGAACAAGCGUGACCGCUCGAAGGAGGUGUGGCUGAGUCGGUCGGACAACCGACGGGUGUACUUUCAUCCAAACUGGAGCAAAGGAACGGCCGGGAUCCGUGGAACACGCGUACUAAACAACGGGCGCUAUUACUGGGAAAUCAGCCUAUCGCAGCGUGUCUUCGGUACGAGCAUGAUGUUUGGAAUUGGUACGAAGAAAGCACGCCUACACGUAAACAUGUUCACCAAUCUGCUUGGAGAGGAUCGCAACGGCUGGGGCCUUUCGCAUAAGGGACUUCUGUGGCAUGGAGGCGUCGCACGCAACUACACCAAACGCUUUAAGGAGAACCAGCCGACAAAGAUCGGCCUGUUGUUUGACGGUAUUGCGGGUACGCUAACGUACUACAAGGAUGACGUUUGCCUGGGUGUUGCCUUUCGUGGAUUGAAUGAGGUCCGAGAACCACUUUAUCCGAUCGUUUGCUCGACGGCAGCCAAAACGGAAAUGUUACUAUCGGAAACGCGCCGUGACUUUGUCAACCUUCAGGACCGCUGUAGGGCCAUCAUUAUUAAGCACAUUAAUACGCGCGAUAAGCUGGACCGGUUAGCGCUGCCGUACUUCAUCAAGAACUAUCUAGCAGAGGCGGUCACGGAGAGUAAUGCGACGGUAACGCCACUCGAGCUGCAUCUGAUCGAUCAGUAUCUUUACUGAGAUCGUUGAACAAUGGUAGUAGAAUUGCUAUAGACAUCCCGCGUCCAUUCGUAGCGCUGGGACGCUAUUUAAUUGUUAUGUUCUUCUGUUUGUUUCGUACACGUUGCUUUGUUCCUUACCGAUCAUGCGAAAUAUGCUUAAGUUGUUAUUAAUCCCGUAUCGCCUGUUUGUCAGGCAGAGUCGUACCGUCUUGCACUUGUCGUCUAAUCAGCAGCUGGUUCCUUAACGAAUUUAAGCACUAGUUUGUUUUUGUUGCCUUCCUUUUUAGCAAUUGCGUACCGAUCGAAUCCUUGCAGAAGGAUAGAUUCACGUCGCGGUACACCCGCGUAUAGUUGCAAAGCGAGUAACAUUCUAGUCAUUCUAGUCACAGACCCAGUCACAGUAUGUGGUGCUUGUGCUAAUCUUGAAUAACGAAAUUCUAGUCGAAAGAGAGUAGAAGCCUGCGUAGGGAAUUUUCGUAGGGAAGCAUUAGUAUAUAGGAUUGGACAUAGACAUUUGAUAGGGUUGGAGCUACUACCACACGCCGAUAGGAAAGCAACAGGGGAAAAGGACUUAAUUAGUUCAUUCAUUCGCACGUUGAAUUUCCGUGUUCUUCUGUACAUAAUUUGUUGCACUGUAGCUCGUGCAAAUUUGCUGGUAACUUCACCAUUACUAUACGAAACUGUGAAGAUGUGGAUUAAAUCUUGUGUGGCAAAAUUGGUGUUCAUGGGUGAGUGAAACAAGUAGUGAGAUAAAUGCAUGUGAAACACGGUGUGUAUGUGGGUGCGAGAGUACGAGGAAUUUUGGGCGUGAAUGUGAUUUAAUAAGUGUGUGAGGAACGUUUCUUCAAUUAUUAAAUCCAAUUUCUAUUGUGAUACGUAACUUGUGUUGCUAGUCAUAACGAUACCUUAUUUAUAACAAUAAGUUCUUCGUUACCUUUUUCAAUUCUUUUUUUUAUUAGCCAUUAAUUUUUUACACACGACAUGAGAUGCCAGAUACAACCCCAAAUUUAAGAAUUCUGACAUACGUUAUGAAAUGUGAACAAAGUUAUUUAUGUUCGUAUGUGAAGGUAUUUAGUUCAUUCGAAUAUUUCAAUAUUUACCUUUAUUUAAAAUUCCACCUACCAACUUUAGUUCCAGAGAGAAAAACGUGUCCAGUGUGAAUGUGAGUCGAUCAAAAUUUAUGAACUAAAAAGAAUGAUAAAUUCGGUAAAAUUCAAACGUCGAUCGUGGAGGAUCUAGUCGAUAGAAACCAAAAACAAACCAAACCAAAAAAAAACUCUUUUUUUGUUAAUGUAUUUUCUUCUGUUUCAAAAUUUUUAAAACGGGACACGAUCGGCUCGAUCGCUCCGUGCGCAAGCACGUGUCGUCCUGCACGAUCGUCCCAACGGAGCACAAAUGUAAACUAUGAAUUUUGGAAUUUAAGCUAUAGAUGAAGAUAAUAAUAACGACCGAAAAGGGGACGAAAUAUAAAGGGGAAAUAAGCAUAAUAAGCAACACAUUCGGGUACCUUUGGAAGGUUAGGCAAAAUUAUUUAGGGUAAAUAGAGUGGAUGAGCCCGGAUGGAAAUCAUGUGCAAUUCACGUUUCACCAUCGGAGACGGUGCCACCUGGAUUUCCAUCCAGGUGUUUUAGUCAGAUAAGAGCUCUCUAACUAUUUCUACUUUGGCAACUGGUUUUAGGCGCAAAAUUACCACACGAAAUUCGUACCGAAUCAUUGGCAAACGGCAAACAUUUUGGUAAAACUGUGUGAGCGUGUGUGUAUGUGUGUUUGUAUAAUUGAACGUGCUUCGUAUGGAAAAAAUGGUUUUGUAUUAAGAAGGAUGAAACAGUAUUGUGGUUACCUUAGUUAGGAUGGUGUAGAAUUUUGUUUUUUGUCUCCUUAGUUUCUGAUCCAACCAGGAAGUAGAUACUAGCUGAAGAAGGUCUAGGUGCAGAACAUGGUUUAAAAUCAAGUAUAGGUUAAACUUAAUGUAUGAAUAUUUCGUUUUACACCCCAAUAGUAAAAAAAAGAUCAAUUCACAAAAGGUGAAAAAUCAAUCUCAUAAGCGCACACUGAGUAGGAUUUUUUAAAUGGCAUUAUGUGAUGGUUUUGUUUGUUUGUUUUCUGUUGUGUGGCCAAAUAUGCUAAAGCCCAUGUUUGUUUCCCCCUUAUCUGUUGUAUGAGAAGAAGUAUAAAGGGGUAUAAUCUUAACAUCUAGAACCGUAUAUAAGCAAACACUCAUUUUAAGCUAUUUAAUUCAAAAAUGUACAUUGUAUCGAACUUAUACAGCACUGUCAUUUCUGUCCUCAGUGCUGAAAAAAAAUCAAUGUCUAUUUAAUGGAAGUAUCCUCGUGUAAAAAUCAAAAAUACAUUUCACCUUGCUGACUGGCUGAAGGUGUUAAGUAAGGACGUUCAGAAGAAAACUUUUCGAUAACAAUGAAACAUAUUUAUAAGGCAAAGGUAACAGAAACCGUACACAUUCAUUAACGAAAAAGGAAUUACUGGUAUAUACUUUUUCAAAUUAAUGCACAGGAAUCAUUCUUCCGUUUCCGGUUCCAGAUUGGUCAGCCGAGAGUGGUGGAGAUGGUGGAAGUGACAGGGCUUUAUUUUACGAUGUACGCUAGCUAGAAUAUAGUGUUGUAUCCAUUCCACCAUGUUGUGCGCGACCGGAACCGAUAGGCCAUCGCAAGUGCAAUAGCAUGCAGACGAAAAUGCAUCAAUCCUGUGUACAGGAAAGCAGGAAACUAACAAUAUACCUAGGUGUGUCAACAUGUCAGCUCUUAGUAGUUUCUCGCUAACCGUUCUGCAGUUCUCGUAAUUUUGAAGUACCAACACAAUAAGAGGUGUAAUGUAUACAUUCCAUACACAUUCCUUAUUGCAUAUAGGAUAGGAAAUGGAUCUUCUCGCAUGCGGAAUCUAAUCUCGGAUCAGAGGUGUGCGGGCUAUUGGGAAACGGUUGUAGAAGAAAACCUAAACUAGGGUGGUUUGGUUGAGGGUGAGUUUGCUUUUACACGGUGAAAUCUGACGGUGAACAUUUAAACUCUAGUUUGCUGUAUGCAUGCAAAACAAUACAGAAGACGAAAUAAAUAACGCUACGAACUGAUGUAAAAUA